AUGAGGAGGUUUUUUCAACCAGUUGCAAGAGGACGAGGAUCCACCACUGGUGGUGUCGGUGAUAAUAAUGUGCAAGCAGAACCUUCAAGAAUAGCGGCUUCAGAACAAUCAAAUGUUGGAAGACCGUUUAAUCCGGAUGAAAUAGUUGUUGAUCCUACAUUAAGAAGACAGAUUCAAGAAUAUGAUAAAAAUGUUCAAGAUGAAGUGAGAAGGGCCUAUAUUCUGAAAGGUCCGUGCCAACCAAAAGGUUUAGAUUUUCCUCGCAGGCCAUAUCGUCAAGGUUCAAGACCUUUUAAAGAAGAAUGGUAUGAAAAAUAUGAUUGGUUGGAGUAUAGUGAGUCAAAAGAUGCAUCCUAUUGCUUUUAUUGCUUUCUUUUUAAGCAACCAGGCAAAGGUGAUAAAUAUGAAGCUUUCAGCAAACAUGGGUACAAUAACUGGAAAGAUGCAGUUGAAAGGUUCAAAUCUCAUGUUGGUGGUGUUAAUAGUAUCCACAAUAAUGCUAGGUUGCAUUUUGAUGAUUUUAAUAACCACAGACAAAGCAUUGAUACUGUCAUGUCUAAUGUUAGUCGUGAGGCUGAGGAGCUCUAUAAAAUUCGUUUGACUUCUGCAUUGGCUUGUGCAAGAUUUUUAUUUUUGCAAGGCUUAGCUUUUCGUGGUCAUGAUGAGUCAUUUACUUCCUUAAAUAAGGGAAAUUUUCGGGAGUUGAUUGAUUGGGUGAAGGAUAAAAUUAAGGAAGUGAUGGAUGCUUUCAAUCGUGCUCCAAGAAAUUGCAUUAUGAUAUCUCCACAUAUUCAAAAGGAUCUUGCCAAAAGUUGUGCUCAAGAGAUCACAGAGACCAUCAUAGGAGAAAUUGGAGAUAGGAACUUCUCUAUUCUUAUUGAUGAAUCACGUGAUAUUUCUGUUAAAGAACAAAUGGCAAUGAUAUUGAGAUAUGUGAAUAAUCAAGGUCAUGUGGUCGAACGAUUCCUUGCUCUCAAGCAUGUCAAGGAUACUACGUCGGAUGCCCUAAAGGAAGCUCUUUUGACUCUUCUAGAUCAUCAUGGCUUAUCUACAUCCAAGAUUAGGGGACAAGGAUAUGACGGAGCAUCAAAUAUGAGAGGUGAAUUCAAUGGCUUGCAGAAAAGAAUUUUGGAUAUUAAUCCACAUGCGUAUUAUGUUCAUUGUUUCGCACAUCAACUUCAACUCGUAGUGGUUUCUGUUGCUAGUAGUGCCUGCUGUCAAUCAGUUCAUGAUUUUUUUGAGGAUAUUCAGAGAAUUGUAAGCACCACAAGCUCAUCUUGCAAGAGAAGAGAUGCUCUAAAAACAAAACAACGUGAAAGUAUUUUAGAGAAACUAGAAAGGGGUGAAAUUUUUACUGGAAAAGGUAUUCAUCAAGAAACUAACCUUGCUAGACCUGGUGACACAAGAUGGGGUUCUCAUUAUUUAACCUUGAUUCGUUUAGAAACUAUGUGGGAAUCAGUAUUACAUGUUCUUGCCAUUGUGCAUGAAGAUGGUCGUAUACCGACACAAGCAGCAGGAUUGAUAGAAAAAAUGGAGACUUUCAAAUUUGCUUUCAUUCUAAAAUUGAUGUUGAAGGUGCUUGCAGUCACAAAUGAGCUUUCACAAAUAUUGCAAAGAAAGAAUGUCGAUAUUGUUAUUGCUAUGGAGUUACUUGAUGUUGUUAAAGCUAGAAUGGCUAUGAUGAGGACAGACAGUGGAUGGGAGUCAUUCUUUGAAGAUUUGAAGCUUUUUUGUGCUGAAAAGCAUAUUCCUGUGGUAGAUAUGGAUGCAGAAGUACCCAUUAGAGGUCGAUCAAGGCGAGAUGGAUUCAGAGUGACAAACCUUCAUUACUACUGUACCGAGAUAUUUUUUGUUGUUCUUGACAAAAUCAAUACAGAGUUAUGCCAUCGAUUUAGUGAGGUUUCAAGUGAGUUGCUAGUUAAUUUUUCUUGCCUGGAUCCAAAGAACUCCUUUUGCAUGUUCAAUUUAGAUAAGCUUGUUAAGCUUGGUGAGUUAUAUGAUCAAGAUUUCACAAUUGUUGAUCGUGCAAUAUUAAGAGAGCAACUCGAGACAUAUAUUGUCCAUGUCAGAUUGCAUUCUGCUUUUAGUACUUGUGAAGAUAUUGCAUCUCUUGCUAUUAAGAUGGUUCAAACCGGGAAGCAUGUUGUCUUUCCUUUAGUCUACAAGCUAAUUGAGUUGGCCUUGUUAUUACCGGUGUCAACAGCAAGUGUUGAGAGAUCAUUUUCAGCUAUGAAUAUCAUUAAGAGAGAAUUGCGCAACAAAAUUGAAGAUGAUUGGAUGAAUGAUCUAAUGGUUUGCUAUACUGAGAAAGAGAUCUUCAAAUCUCUUGAUGAUGAGAUAAUUAUUCGACGAUUUCAGCGUCUCAAAACUAGAAGGAUGCAGUUGCCUCGGUCAUCGAGAACUUAG